UUCAAUUCGCUUCUGCCUUUGGCAGAGGGCGUCGAGCUCGAGUAGAAGGAAGAGAGAAGAUCCAGGAAGGUUCGGGGGAAGAAGGCAGGGGCGCGUCGCAGGUGGACGGAGAGGGCGAGGAAGCGGCUGCCACAAAAAGCUCCCCUUGGAAUAAACCUGUGGAGGAGGAAAAAAAGGAGGGAGGCGUCGGAAGAGGAAGGGAAACCUCGGCCGGGGGCGGGCUGGCCCCGCUGGCUCAGGCCGGGCGGGGACCAUGCAUUGCGGGAGCAAGGUGAAGAGCGAAUACAUGAAGCGCUACAAAGACCCCAAGUGGGACACAUGUGGCCCGUGCUACCGGGAGCUGCUGCAUUAUCGCCUGAGCCGGCGGCUGCUGGAGCAGACGCACAACCCCUGGUUAUGGGACGGUUGGGGGCCGUCCAGCAACUCGGAUGAUUCCUCAUCUUCUGGAGGUGGCGGGGCCUCCACGCCCCUGGGUCCCCAGGGAGCUUCGGCUCCUUCUCCACCCCCGACUCCCCUCAAGCCCGAAAGAGAGGGAGAGGAACUCGGAGUGGAAGAGAAAGGGGCUGAGGCAUCCGAGGACGAGGACGUUGCCAGCCCUCCAGAAACACCAGAGAAAGACACACAAGAGAAAAAUAAACAGCAAAUGGAAGUGAAAAAACAACAGAUAGAAGUGAAAGACAAACUAAUGGAUAACACAGAUCAUCCUCGACAACGUGCCUUGCUUUCUGGAACAGAGAAGAAAACAGCUAAAAGUCCUCAAAGACCAAGUAAAACAAAAGAAGUCAAACAUCCAUUUGCUCUUUAUGGCUGGGGGGAAAAACAGACAGAUACUGGGAGCCAGAAAACACAUAAUGUAUGUGCUUCUGCUUCAGAAAAACAGAUUCAUGAAUCAGCAUUACGAGCCAAGAAUAGAAGACAAGUGGAAAAAAGAAAACUGGUCAAUCAGAGACAAAGAGCCUAUUCUGUAGAUGUGCAGAAACCCAGAAGGAGCAAGCCUUCCUCUUCAGAUAGUCCAUGGAUGACAGAGUACAUGAGAUGCUACUCAGCAAGAGCUUGA